CUGGACUCUGACGUAAACACGGAGCAGACCGAGGAGGACGCAAACACGGAGCAGAGGCGGCACCCAGACCCGGACCCGGACUCCGUGGCCUGCCUUACCCUCCUGGAUGGUCGUGGUCUGACGGUCUAACGGGACGGGGAUCGGUGUAAACCGGGACCGGGAUCAGCUGGUGGUCCGGUGUGGAGGAGGAGGGAUGCGUUGCCUGGUAACAGACGGAGGGGCGAGGGAGGAAACAGGCCAACCUUCACUCUGAUCAUCUUCAUCAUCUUCAGCUUCAACGGUGCGGCCUGUCCGGUCUAACAUGUUCCUGUAGACAACGCUGAGGGUGAAGCAGCCGUCAUGCCGUGUUCCUGUGCCGAGUGGAGGAGGUGGAUCCGCCCGCUGGUUCUGGUUCUGUACGCUCUCCUGCUGGUGGCUGUAGUUCCACUCUGCAUCUGGGAGCUGCAGAAAGACAAGGUCGGGACUCACAGUAAAGCCUGGUUCAUCGCUGGAGUCUUCGUGUUCCUCACCAUCCCCAUCUCUCUGUGGGGGAUCCUGCAGCACAUCGUCCACUUCACUCAGCCCGAGCUGCAGAGGCCGAUCAUUAGGAUUCUCUGGAUGGUGCCGAUCUACAGUUUGGACAGUUGGUUGGCGUUGCGGUACCCCAGCCUGGCGAUCUACGUGGACACGUGCAGAGAGUGCUAUGAGGCCUACGUCAUCUACAACUUCCUGAUCUUCCUCCUGAACUUCCUCAGUAACCAGUACCCGAGUCUGGUGCUGAUGCUGGAGGUCCAGCAGCAGCAGCCCCACCUGCCCCCCCUCUGCUGCUGCCCACCGUGGCCCAUGGGAGAGGUCCUGCUGUUCAGGUGUAAGCUGGGAGUCCUCCAGUACACUGUGGUCAGACCUGUUACCACGGUGAUAGCACUGAUCUGUCAGCUCUGCGGGGUUUACGAUGAAGCUAACUUCAGCUUCAGGAACGCCUGGUCCUACCUCGUCAUCAUCAACAACAUAUCACAGCUGUUCGCCAUGUACUGUCUGGUGCUACUGUACCGAGCCCUGAAAGAGGAGCUGACCCCCAUCAGGCCGGUGGGGAAGUUCCUCUGUGUCAAACUGGUGGUGUUUGUCUCCUUCUGGCAGGCGGUGUUCAUAGCGUUCCUGGUGAAAGUGGGCGUGAUCUCGGACAAACACACCUGGGACUGGGACAGUGUGGAGGCCGUGGCUACAGGACUGCAGGAUUUCAUCAUUUGCAUCGAGAUGUUCCUGGCAGCUAUCGCUCACCACUACACCUUCACCUACAAACCAUACGUACAGGAGGCGGAGGAGGGGUCGUGUUUCGACAGCUUCCUGGCCAUGUGGGAUUUCUCUGACAUCAGAGCUGAUGUCACGGAGCAGGUCCGCCACGCAGGUCGUACGUUCCUGGGUCGUCCAAACAAGAUGUACUUCGGUUCAGUGGCUCGACCCGAACACACCGAGCACACCGGCCUCCUCAACGCGACCUCCCAGGACGCUAUCGCCGCGGCCGCCACAUCCAUGCCCUCCUCGCCGUCCUCCAGUGGGCGGUACCAAGGCCUCGGCCACACCCCCGCCCCGCACUCCAUCUCCGCCCCCGCAGGGUUCACAUCCUCAUCCUGGGAGGACGACAGCGACAACUCUCCCGCUGAGCCCGCCGGGGACAACCCUGGAGGCACGUAGACUCUGAUCCAAAGGGGGUGAACCAGAAUCCCUCAGACCCCGGAUCAAAACCGGAACUCUGGUCUGAAUGUUUGAAGGGUUAAAUCAGGAACAAGCAAAGGAAAGCAUCUUUACUCUGUGAUGUUAAAGCCAUGUUUUCACUUACUCAGCUUUAAAUGUUUGAAUCUGUGUUCUGAUGUCUCAUGAUGUCACUUUUGAUAAAUGUGUCUCUGAAAGGAAGCGGUGUACGGGGCGCCGUUUCUAAAGUCGUGCACGCUCAAAACAAACGGCAACAAUUCUCAACAUCGAGCUCCAAACGUCUUAAAAACAUAGAGUGAAAAUUUGAGGUUCUUAUUUUACUUCUGCUCAACAGCAGUAUGAAUUUAAAUAUUAACUAAAUAUUAAGGAUCGCAGAGCAACAUUUAACUUUUAGAUUUAACAUUUCACACUUAGAUCCAACACUUAGAUUCAGCAUAGCAUGUAGAUUUGAAAUUUAGAUUUAACAUUUAAGAAUCAUAUUUAACAUUUAAAAAUCAUAUUUAACAAUUAACAUUCAUAUUUAACAUUUAAAAAUCAUAUUCAACAUUUAACAUGUAGAUUUAAAAUUCAGAUUUAACAUUCAAAAUUCAGAUUUAACAUUUAAAAGUCAGAUUUAAGAUUAAACAUUUAGAUUUUAAACUUAUAUUUAACAUAUAACAUGUAGAUUUAAAAUUUGGAUUUAACAUUCAAAUAUCAUAAUUAAAAUGUAACAUAAAUAUUUAACAUUUAACAUUCAUAUUCAACAUUUUGAUUUAUAGUAAACAUUUAUAUUUAACAUUCAGUUUUAACAUUUAUAUUUAACAUUUAUACUUAUAUUUAACAUUCAGAUUUAACAUUUAUAUUUAACAUUUAGAUUUAAUAUUCAGAUUUAACAUUUAGAUUUAACAUUUAAAAAUCCUAUUUAACAUUUAAAAAUCAUAAUUAACAUUUAACAUUUAGAUUUAACAUUGAGUUUUAACAUUAAUACGUACAAUUUAACAUUUAGAUUUAACAUUUAACAUUCAGAUUUAACAUUUAACACUUUUAUUUAUAUUUAACAUUCAGCUUGAACAUUCAGAUUUAACAUUUACAUUUAACAUUUGGAUUUAACAUUAAGAUUUAACAUUUAGAUCUAACAGUGAUUGUAACUUAAAUUUAUUUUCAUAACAAAAUUAAAUGUGAAGAUUACAAAUAUUCCUCUAAAUGGGAUUAAAUAGAGAAUUUAAAAUUUCACUCUAUGGUUUUAUGAUGUUGUGGAGCUACAUGUUGAGAAUUGUUGCUGUUUGUUUUCAGUGUUUAUAACUUCACAAACGCGUCCCCAUGGCGAUGGUUGUUGGGUUCACCUUGAUGCCACAGAGCUCAGUCGUCCUCGAGCUUGUUUUAACUAAAUGUUCUACUUCACAAUAAAUGAAUAUAUCACGUCAACACAAACUUUAA